AUGUCUCGAUUCAUUACCCUUAUCAUUGCAACUCUUCUCUCUGCUGCUCUCUUGGUCAAUGCCUUGCCUUUGAACCGACGUGGCAGUCCUGUCAACAUUAAGGUCGACUCUACACAAGAGUUUUGCACAUACCUUCCUCCUAAGCCUGGAAUGCCAAUUGGUGAAGCUGAAGGCAAUGCUGUUCCCUUUUGCACAAAGACCCAAGCAUCUGGCACUCGCCAACUCCCAUCAGGUUUCAUCGUAUCGGCUCAUUUCAAGCAAACCUCAUCCUAUACCCAGGUGACCGGUCGCAUUGAUCGUUCAAAGUACAGCCUUUCCGCUUCUGAUGGUGGUGGACAAUAUGAUAACAAGAACGAAAUUGGCAGCACUUGCAAUGGAUGGAGCCACUGGGUCAAUCUUGUCGAGCCUGAUACUGAAAAAUUCUGUAUCCGCUGCUGCAAGAACUCUUCUGAUUGCAACCUUGGUGCCUCGGAAUACGGCUGUGAUCGCGUUAUCCCUGGUGAUUACAGCUAA